AUGAGUUACCCGUAUUACUCUCCACCACCACCAUCUACGCCACCCCCUCCACCGCCUUCAGCGGUCCCAUGUAACCCCCCGCCGCCGCCAAGCCCAUCACACAAUCAGUAUGGCCAACCCAAGACACCGCCACCUCAUCCCAUAGGUCCUCCAACUCCUACUAUCAGUCCGGUUUCACCACCAAGAUCACAACCAAUUGCACCAGUACCACCGCCAACACCGAAUAAUGGCCCAACCCCAACGCCCCCACCAGUUGCAGCAUCUCCGCCAACAGGCCCAAACUCACCACCAUCACCAUGGCCAACAACUUAUGGUCCAACUCCGAAACCAAUAUUACCUCCAACUGCAGCAGCACCACCAAGAGCAUAUUCCCGGCCACCCACUCCCCAACCUGGCGAGUUCCCGCCAGUCUUUGGGCCUUCUCCUUUUAACUCUGUCCCACCGUCGUCACAAAUUGGGUCACCGCCGUCCGGAGGCAACCACACAACUAUUAUCGUUGCCUGUGUCUCCGCAGGCGGUGUGCUCUUCGUUGCAUUCCUCAUAGUUGGUCUCCUCUGCUUGGCAAAAAAGAAGAAGAAGCCAGUGAUGCUUCCUCCAGCCCCUUAUGUUGAAGAACACGAAGAAGUUCGUGAAACGGCAGCAACAGGUCCAUAUGGAGAGCAAACUGUAACAAUGUCAGUAGAGGACGAUGUAGGAAUUCAUGAAGUAGUGGGUACAGGUGCUGCUAUUGGUUUGCAUGGAACUGCUGGAGGAGGCCCUAUGUAUGGAACAGGGGUGCAUGGCCAUGGCGUCCCCCCUUAUACUCCAAGCUAG